UGGCCGGUUAUAGUCCAUGGGGUCGCACAGAGUUGGAUACGACUGAAGCAACUUAACACAUGUCUUGGCUACUGUAAACAGUGCUGCAGUGAACAUUGGGUGAAUAUAUCUUUUCAGUUAGAGGUUUCAUCUUUUCUGGAUAUAUGCCGGAGAGUGAGAUUGCGGGACUAUAUGGUAGAUCUAUUUUUAGUUUUUUAGGGAAACUAUACUGUUUUCCACCAUGUCUGCACCACUUUACAUUCCCACCAACAGUGUAGGAGGCUUCUUUUCCCACACCUUUGCCAGUACUUAUUAUUGUUGUUUAGUCCAUAAGUCGUGUCUGACUCUUUUGUGACCCCAUGGACUAUAGCCCGCCAGGCUCCUCUGUCCAUGGGAUUUCCCAAGCAAGAAUACUAAAGUGGGUUGUCACUUCCUUCUUCAGCAGAUCUUCCUGACUCAGGGAUUGAACUCAAGUCUCCUGCUUGGCAGGUGGAUUCCUUACCACUGAGCCACCUGAGAAGCCCGAUAGUAGAAAUAUCCUCCUCUAAAAGAUAGGAACUCAUGGAGGGAUAUGUAUGGGCUGUGAAACUGUAUUCUCCUCUGACAUGCUGAGGCAGGAAUGGCAGCCCUGUUGGGGACCUAUCUGAAUAGUUCAGAAGGGACAACCCAUCCUUUAGGAAAAUCAGGCAUGGUGGGCAUGGGGCUCAGUUGUCCAUUGACUGUUCCCAGCGAGCUUACUGGGGCAAUCCAUCCUCUUCAUUUUAAACUCUUAAUGUAUUAGUUGCAUACUUGGUGGCCUCAGGGGAAAGACUUGGUUUUGGAGCCCAUUGGAUUUUGUUUAACUGCUCCAUGUUAAUAAUACCAGCUCAUCCAUCAAGUACCAAAGAAAAUGUACUGAAAACUUUUGUACUUUCUGAAUUCCUCCCAGAGAGAAAAGAGCUUCCAGCAACUCCCUACCAGCUUCACUUACAUUUAAGAACACCAUGGUGGGGAAAGGACACAAGUACCCACCUGGCCAGAGCUCCCAAUGACCCAAUCUGGGACAAGCUGAGUGAGAAAAUAAAUAAUCAUCAUAACAGAUGAUAAGAAUAAAGCAGUAUCCAUGAAUCCAUAUUGGGAUAAAUAAAUGAUUGCACAGGUAAAAAAAAUGGGGGAAAGCUCAUUCUUCCAGCAGAAUUCCAGUCGUUAAAUCUAAAAGGAGUGAUGGGCAUUUAACACACAUCACACCAGUGGGUCAGGGAUGGGGGCAGACAGGAGUGGGCUGGAGUGUGAUACAAAACAGGGUAUUUGCAGAGUCUCAAAGUAUCAUCUUCCACAAGACACUUAUUCAUUACAAAGGGAGAAGCAGUAACUCUGCAGGGAGCUGCCCAUCAUCCAGUGACGCCACCUUAACCAAGGAAUCAAGGUCAGCAUCACUGUGGGGGGACAUCCUGGCACCAUAGACCCCCUGAUAGGAUGCACGGCGAAGGCAUAAGAUCCCUGCAGUGGCAUUCCUGCCCAAGCCCUCAACCUCAUCAUGAGGAAGCAUCAGGCAGACCCCAAGUGGGCUCUGAAGUCUUUCUCCCUCUGUUUAAACCUGGCUGCCCUAUGACUCAUUGGGUGGCUUUGGAAAGUCACUUCACUUCUUGCCUCAGCUUCCUCAUCUGUAAAAUGAGGAUUGUACCAGUACCACCUCAGACAGGUAUAUGGAGAGUUAAGUGUGUUGAUAAAGUACAUGUGCAGUGCCUACAGCGGUGGUGUGGCUCGGAGCGAGGGCUGUGAUAGUGUCUGCAGUUAUCCUGUGAGACCAGCAGCGUCUUCUGCCGACCUCAGGGAUAUUUGUUUCUUUCCUUUUUCCCCUCUCACUCUGCUUCUGGAAGCUUCCAGUGCAAGCCCUGGUGCUGAGCCCUCCUCCACCAGCUGUUUUGUUCUAACAGUUUUUCCCACUCCCCAGUAGGUAGUUGAAGCACCAGUAUCUGGACCUUAAGGAUCAUCUGCUUUUGUAAGAAUCAGAAUGAGUGCUCUCUCAGUUAGGGCUGUUGAAAAGACAGAGCUCAUGUCACCAGAGAACCUUCUGCGGGCCAGUUUCCUUUAUCCCAGCCCGGGGUCCAGACCUUUCUGGGCUGGGCUUGUGGGACCUUGUGGUUUAGGGGAGUGGUGGUGUGGAUCUGUGUCACAAUGACCUGGCUGAGCCCUAACCCCAUGUCACAUGUUUAGCACCCGUUCAGCCAAUGAGACUGUGGUACACACACGCAGCCUGAGUCCCCGCUUGGCCUUGCCUUUGAUGUCACAAUCGGACCUUGUGGAUAUUAACCUGGCCGCAGCUGCUCACACACCAGUUGGCAAGGUUAGGAGGACCAGUGCAGUAGGAUGUGGAAGAGAAUUGACCAUCAGCUCAAGAUCAAGGCAGGGGAUGGGCCGCAGGCAGGCCAGUUCAAGGAACUGGGUCCAGGUCGGGAACCUGCUGUGCCACACCCUCUCUCGCUGUCGGAAUUCCAGACCGUCCCAGUGUUUGAGGACAUCAGCCAGCACGUCAAAGAAGUGGGGGACCAGCUGGUGAAGAAAGUCAAUGCCAUCUUCCAGCUGGACAUCACCAAAGAUGGGAAGACUGUCCACCAGUGGACCAUUGAUCUGAAGAAUGGCUCUGGGGACACGUAUCUAGGACCUGCCAGGCUCCCAGCGGACACCGUCUUCACAAUCCCUGAGCCUGUCUUCAUGGAGUUGAUUUUGGGCAAAAUGAACCCUCAGAAGGCUUUCCUUGCCGGCAAGUUCAAAGUGAGUGGCAAAGUUCUGCUUGGCCAGAAGCUGGAGAGAGUUUUCAAGGACUGGGCUAAGUGGUAAGCCUGCCGAAAUAUCAGGAAAAUGAGCAGACCUUCUCUCCAAUUAUAAGGUCAAGCAGCAAUCAUGCUUAAGCUGAAGAUUAAAACAAAAAGUAUUCAAUAUUUUUACUCAAAUUCUUCCUAUUCAAGUUUGAUUAAUGUUCCUGCUGAUGUGUUAAUUUGGAGCGAGGGUUCUAGAGCAGUAAAGAGAGUUGCAGUGUA